AGAGCCCUCGAUUUAACCUCUUCUUUCACACCUCUCGCUGUCGACAAUCAACUCGCGAUCCCGUUCGCGCCCAUCGCCCAUCAUGUCGCUCGUGUCCGGCGAGAAGACGAACUUCCAGUACAUCCUUCGUCUGCUCAACACCAAUGUUGACGGCAAGGAGAAGAUCAUGUACGCCUUGACCCAGGUCAAGGGUGUCGGUCGCCGUUACUCCAACUUGGUCUGCAAGAAGGCCGAUGUUGACCUCAACAAGCGUGCCGGUGAACUUACCACCGAAGAACUCGAGCGCAUUGUCACCAUCCUCCAGAACCCCACCCAGUACAAGAUCCCCACCUGGUUCCUGAACAGACAGCGCGAUAUCGUUGACGGCAAGGACUACCAGGUCCUUUCCAACGGUCUCGACAGCAAGUACCGUGAGGAUCUCGAGCGCCUCAAGAAGAUCCGCUCUCACCGUGGUCUCCGUCACUACUGGGGUCUCCGUGUCCGUGGUCAGCACACGAAGACUACCGGUCGCCGUGGUCGCACCGUCGGUGUCAGCAAGAAGAAGGGAUAAGGGCUUGCGCAAAUCGUCUCUUACCUUUUCUUUUUUGCUGGGCUUUGUUGCUGGGAAUCGGGAUGCAUGUUGGUGUGUUUUUAACGAAAUACCAAGGGUAUCUGGUGUCGAAAAUGGACGCGGCCGGGCCCGGAAAAUGAAAAGAUUCAUACCAAUCCAAAUGAAAAAAUUAGAUCAACACGCUAUGUGUCGGAAAGUAGGCCUGCAUUA